UUUCCUCACUGCUCUCAGGUUUUAUUUCACUAAUAAUGAUGGAUUGAUUUCCACGCUUUCUCUCUUGUGGUAUUAGUAGUUAGAGAAUUCUUUGUUGAAAGGGAGGAGUUGAUCCUACUUAUAAAAGGGCUUUGUGAAAACUCUUUCCCCAGCCAAUCAUUACUCCCACAUAACCACACAAAGCCUAAUCUCACAUGUUUUAUCACUCAGCCUUGUUUUUCCUCGUUUGCUGAGUGUGAAGCAUCUUCCAUCGCUUCACACGCUCUGCUUUCUCAGAAAGCAGCUCUUGAAUGCUGCCUGAUGAGCUAGGCUGAGUAAAGUCCAGCCAGAGGCAGAUCAUUAACCUGCUUAAUCUGUCCCUGCUCCUCUCUCCUCUAUAAAGCCGGCUACCUGUUGAACAGCAUGUAAAAAAAGGACUGAGUAAAAUGGGCCCUGCAGAGCCCACGCUCACAUCCAGCCUCCACAGGCCGAGGAAGCACUCCAACGCAGCAGCUGUGUCUGAGUUGACACUUGAAGAUGGCCAUGUGCAGGAGCUGGCUGCUGAGGAGGUCGAGGGCAUUGAGCAGCUCUCUGGAGUCAACACUCAGGCACCAGGCUUUGAUAUGAUCUACAGAAUUGAGGAUGUACCACCCUGGUAUUUGUGUAUUUUGCUUGGACUACAGCACUACCUGACAUGUUUCAGUGGCACCAUUGCUGUGCCUUUCCUACUGGCUGAUGCCAUGUGUGUGGGCCGGGAUCAGUACACUAUAAGCCAGCUAGUCGGGACGAUUUUCACCUGUGUGGGCAUUACUACUCUUAUACAAACCACUUUUGGUGUCAGGUUGCCCCUGUUUCAGGCCAGUGCAUUUGCUUUCCUCAUCCCUGCCCAGGCCAUUCUAAGACUGGAGAGGUGGAAGUGUCCUCCUGAAGAGGAGAUUUAUGGAAACUGGACCCUACCGCUUGACACCACACAUAUCUGGCAGCCCCGGAUCAGAGAGAUUCAGGGGGCCAUUAUUGUGUCCAGUCUGGUGGAAGUGGUAAUUGGGCUGGUGGGGAUUCCUGGACUCCUGCUCAAUGCCAUCGGGCCUCUGACCGUCACCCCCACCGUGUCCCUGAUCGGACUGUCCGUGUUCCAAACUGCUGGAGACCGUGCAGGCAGCCACUGGGGCCUCUCUCUGCUAUGCAUCUUCUUCAUUGUGCUUUUUGCUCAGUAUCUCAGAAAUUGGGCCGUCCCUUUUCCUUUUUAUUCUAGACAGAAAGGCUGUCACACCGCCCGCUUCCAGAUCUUCAAGAUGUUUCCGAUCAUCAUGGCUAUCAUGCUGGUGUGGUUAGUGUGUUAUAUCCUCACGUUGACAGAUGUGUUGCCCAAUGACCCAGACAAGUAUGGCUACAAGGCUCGAACUGAUGCCCGGGGGGAGAUCAUGUCCCAAGCGCCAUGGUUUCGCAUGCCAUAUCCCUGUCAAUGGGGCUUACCCACAGUGACAGUAGCUGGUGUGCUGGGAAUGUUCAGUGCCACUUUAGCUGGCAUAGUGGAGUCUAUUGGAGACUACUAUGCAUGUGCCCGUCUUGCUGGAGCUCCCCCACCUCCUGUUCACGCCAUCAACAGAGGGAUCUUCACAGAGGGUGUGUGCUGCAUCAUCGCAGGCUUAUUGGGAACAGGAAAUGGCUCUACUUCCUCCAGUCCUAAUAUUGGCGUGCUUGGCAUUACCAAGGUGGGCAGUAGGAGAGUGGUGCAGUAUGGGGCACUCAUAAUGUUGCUAUUAGGGACCAUUGGGAAGUUCACAGCCUUGUUUGCUUCACUGCCAGAUCCAGUGCUUGGAGGCUUGUUCUGCACCUUGUUUGGUAUGAUCACGGCUGUGGGUUUGUCUAACCUACAGAGUGUGGAUCUGAACUCCUCACGAAACCUUUUUGUCCUGGGGUUCUCCAUGUUCUCUGGCCUUAUGCUCCCCAAUUACCUGGACACUCACCCAGGCAGCAUCAAGACAGGUGUCCCAGAGCUGGAUCAAAUCCUUACAGUUCUCCUGACCACGGAGAUGUUUGUUGGCGGAUUCUUGGCAUUUCUGCUGGACAACACCAUUCCAGGUACAAAAAAAGAGCGCGGUCUCGCCGACUGGAAGGCUGAGGAGUCCUCAGAAAUUGGUGGUGUCAGUUCAGACACAUAUAAUUUCCCAGUUGGCAUGGGGAUGGUAAGGCAGUCUGGUUGUCUUCGCUACCUACCUAUCUGCCCCACUUUUCAGGGCUUUAAGUUGCGUCGGCGCAAAAGAAGCUUGUGUGAGGAACUGAGCAAUAAGAAUGGUGAAAGUGCAGUGAGGAACACUCCAGAGAUUGCAAACUGCACCAAAGUGUAGACUUGUAUUCUCCUGUCAUUGUAUCAUACAUUUUAUACACUGAUAGAUUUUCAGAUCUGAAAAAUAUGUAUUUCAUAUCUUUUUGAAAUGAAUCUAUUUAUUGCUGUUAUGAACACUGAUUAUUAAGAACAGAAAAAUCCUUUACAAAAAUCGAUACAAAAUAUACCAUUUUUCAGAGCCAAAUGAAGUGAAUUUUACCUCAUACUGGAAUCCAACACAAGAUAAUACAUUUUAUUUAAAAUAAAUGUAAGCAAAAUAAGUUGCACGUUUUUAUUAGUUAUUUGUUUUAUUUUAAUUUUACAUACAAAGAUUGAAUAUUGACCAAAAAAAUUAGAAAUUCAGGAAGACUUAAAAAUGGUUGACAUGCCAAUACAAUGUCAUACAUCUUAUUGAAAUACAAUAUUAAGCAUUUUAUUUCAUUUAGUCCUUUUCUUAAUGCAUGAUAGUGCCUUGCAUUGGAACCAUACACCAUGAUUUACAUGCUAACCUGUGGAUCUACUUCUUUGUGAUUGUUUUAAUUGAUUAUAUUGCUGUAAAGGAAAUAUAGACAGAUCUACAUUUCCUCAUUCACAGCAUUCAUAACAGAAGUCUGGUGAGGUUUUUUUUUUCUUUUUUUUUUAAAGUGGCCAUUAGUAAGACUAUGGACUUCCCAAAUUGAAUAACUCAUCUGUAAGGUUCCAUAGAAAAGUGACCAAACAUAUAUUUUUAAAGUAUUAAGAAACAUUUCUAAUAUAAAUGAUA